UUUGCUUGUCGAGACUCUCGCCUGCACGGGACGGGCUUCGUGCCUGAAUCCCGAGGUGUCAGCGCCCGGCCAAUGAGCGGUGCUGAGUCAGACCCGUGGCUAGCCGUGGCGGACGGGCCAAUCAGGGGCGGGGAUCGACAAGAGUCUAGGCCGCGACUGGCCGGGACUAAGGGCGGCGGCGACGACAUCAUCGGCCUGCAACAAUGAAGACGCCGUUCCUUUCUUUCGCCGGAUUUUUCUUUUCUUUCUCACCCAAUUCUCUUCUCCCCUCAGAUCCUCACAAUCCCCCCCCCCCUGCAACCGAGGAAUGACUGACGAAUGCUCAUGACCACCGUUCUUACCUCCCCUCCCACUGACCGAUGGCCGACCUCUCCACUUCUCCCAGUCGGGAUCCCGACACCGACCCAAGGGAGGCCAACGACAUCCUGUCCCAGCACCUCCACCCCCAAUUCACUGCGUCGUUGCAGGAUGAAUUGGUCCCCCCAGGAGAGCCUCCCGCUGAGCACCACAGCGGCAACAGCCAGUCCGAACCCCAGUCCUCCCUGAAGCUGCAAGGUGGUGACGUCCACCGCGAUCUCUAUCGCAUCGAUGCCAGAUCCAAACAGGCCCGUCUACACAACCGAGCUGCGACCUUUUCCUUCCUGCCCCGACACCAGCAAGACGAUGCCGUAGAAGAAGGAGUGGCUGCCCUCGAGCCAGGGAGCUUCCGUCGGCAUUUCGUCCAAAAUAAGUACGGUCGGCUCGACCAGCCCGGCAUCACCUCCUCCUUCCUCGACUUUCUUGGCUUCUACGGCAACUUCGCGGGCGAGGAUCUGGAAGAUACCGAGGAGGAGUCGGCUAUCGUCGAGGUCGAAGAAGAGGAUGAGGGACCAGCGUCGGAACGGACAGCCCUCCUGCGACGACGGAGGAGCUCACGAGUCGGUCGCCCAGGCGAUGCGUCCAACAUGAAGACCUUCUUCACCCUUCUCAAAGCCUUCGUCGGGACGGGCAUCAUCUUCCUGCCCAAGGCGUUCCGCAACGGCGGUAUCCUCUUCUCGUCGAUCACCCUCGUCAUGGUCGCAGCGAUCAGCACCCUGUGUUUCCAUCUGCUCCUCGAGUGUCGCAGACAUUACGGUGGGGGCUAUGGCGACAUCGGCGAGCGGAUUGCGGGGCCCCGACUUCGGUCCCUGAUCCUGGCAUCGAUCGUGAUCUCGCAACUGGGCUUCGUAUGCGCCUGCAUGAUCUUCACGGCGGAGAACAUUCACGCCUUCUUCACAGCCGUGCUAACCGACCCUGAAGCCGCCCUCUCCACCGGAAAACUCAUCGCCCUGCAACUCAUCGUCCUCAUCCCCAUCUCCCUGAUCCGGAACAUUUCCAAACUCGGCCCGAUCGCCCUCCUCGCCGACGUCUUCAUCCUCACCGGCAUCGGCUACAUCUACUGCUAUGACAUCGCCAGUCUGGCGUCCAACGGGCUCGCGUCCAGCGUGGAACUCUUCAACCGCCAAUCCUUCACCCUAACGAUCGGCUCCUGCAUCUUCACCUUUGAAGGCAUCGGGCUCAUCCUCCCGAUCCAAUCCUCCAUGAAACGGCCCGAACACUUCGACCGCCUCCUCUACACCGUGAUGGCCAUCAUCACGGUGCUGUUCACCGCCGUCGGCGCCCUCUCCUACGCCACCUUCGGCGCGGACACCAAAACCGAAAUCAUCAGCAACCUGCCCCGCACCGACCGCUUCGUCAACGCCCUGCAGUUCGUCUACUCGCUCGCCAUCCUAGUCAGCACCCCGAUCCAGCUCUUCCCCGCCGUCCGCAUCCUCGAGGGCAAUCUCUUCGGCCAGGGCUCCGGCAAGCGCGACCCCAUGAUCAAGUGGAAGAAGAACGUCUUCCGCACGCUGGCCGUCUUAACCUGUGCGGUGAUUUCCGUCGUCGGGGCCGGCGACCUCGAUAAAUUCGUUUCGCUGAUCGGUUCGUUCGCCUGUGUGCCUUUGGUGUAUAUCUAUCCGGCGUAUCUGCAUUAUAAGGGCGUCGCGCAGUCGCCCUGGGCGAAACGUGGCGAUCUCGCCAUGAUGCUUCUCGGGGUGGUGUUUAUGGUGUAUACGACUAGCGCGACCAUUUCUGUUUGGGUGAAGGGUUAGCUUUAGAUGUGUGGUGUGUAGUGUAGUGGGCUUGCUUUUGUUUUGUAGCUUGUGGGGGGGGAGAGCUUCGAUUCUGCUCUUGCUCUUGCUCUUGCUCUUGCUCUUUCUUCCUCCGACUUGUAUUCCGACUAGGCUUUGGCUCUAGCUCAGUCUGAUUCACUCACCAUCAACACCAUCACCACGCUUCCGGCAGAACUCCAUCCACCAGGCCAGCCACAC